UUUAACUUUUUUAACUGCACCACUCCUAUAACUCCUAUCUCAAAGCACCCCACAUACAUACUACCGCCACUAUCAUGCCUGCCACUCAACACCAGCCCCUCUCGGAUGAUAGUCUUCAAUCUUCAGGCCUCCCUAUAACUGACGACCAAGACACUGGAACUGCUGCUGUGAACAAGCCAAAUAAUGGCCUGCCCCUCUGCUGGGGCCAUCGUGGGGCUUCUGCUACUUUCCCCGAAAACACGCUGUGCUCAUUUGAAGCAGCCAUCAAGGAUGGCGCAGAGGGUAUCGAGAGUGAUGUCCACGUUACCGCCGACGACGUCGUCCUGAUGUUCCAUGACCCAUCCCUCGAGCGUACAACCGAUGGUCAGGGGAUGAUUGGAAGCUUGCCAUAUGUGGAUGGGAUCGAUGCCUUCCGGACCCUCAAAGCUCCCCAUCAGAAGAUCCCUACCUUCGAUGAGACGAUGGACUUGUUGAUGCUCAAGGAAAAUCAACAUGUGGUCUUCAACAUCGACUGCAAGCCGAAUAAUGACCCUGAGAGGUUGUUCAGACUGAUCAAGGCAUCCAUCGAGCGAUUUGAGGACCAUGCGACUCUGCUCAGUCCCCGUCUGGUACUCGGCCUAUGGCACCCGAAAUUCCUGGACCCCUCGGCCCGACAUCUUCCCGAUCUCAGGAAGGUCUACAUCGGGAGCUCGCCCUUGACGGCCCGGAAAUACUUUUGGGAGGCCUGCCAAGGGUUCAGUAUGAAGUUCUCUUGUCUGGUCGGAUGGGAAGGCUUAUCGUUCCGCGAAGACUGUCAAAAGGCCGGCAAGAGUCUGCUCGUCUGGACCGUCAACGAUCGUCAGGAAAUGAUCGAAGCUUGUAAAUGGGGCGUCGACGCUAUCCUGACCGAUAAGACUGCCGAUUAUCUGGCCCUUCGUCAACAAAUGAAAGAUGACUGGAGCGCUGUCAAUGCCGAAACCUCAGCCCUGUUCCCGUACUCAUCGAUACACUACAACGGACUGGUCUCAUGGCUCCGGGGAAGAGUCGAGUCUUAUGUCCUUUCGCGCUCAGUGGGCCCGUUUCAUCCUAUGACUACUCAAUAACACUCAUAUCACCAGCAUCCCACUUUCCCCUUUGUUUUCUCGUUGCUCAUCUUGAUCCUACUUCGAUUCCCCCCCUCCCUCCCUUCCUUCCUAUCUUGUUGUGCCAAUGUGUCCCUUUGCUCCGUCAUCCCCAAUGUGUCUCACCUCAUGAUAUUUGUAAUCCUAGUGAUCUCACCCCUUUUUCAUACAAAUACACGCUGUAGACACAUCUUUUCCUUCAGACUACUUGACUGUAGCUUCCUGCGUUUUUUUUUUUUUUGAAGUCUCACAUCUAAAUGCGAAUUGUUUGAUCCACCCUCCAUCAUGCAUACAUGCGCAUACUUUCAUCGGUCUCUUAACUACAUUUAGUUCCAUAUCUCAUUCAACGGAUCACUGCAUACAUACAUACUAAUUAUUAACUUCCUGAAGUUUCCA